GAGCAGGACAUAAAAUUGCAAGAGAAACAAAAAUCCAAAACUAAUGUCUGAAUGGGUUAAAUACAUACUCUUGCCUUUUCUCUCUUUAUAGACCAGGGUAUCCUUGAACUCAGAGAGAUCAGCCUACUUACGCCUCCAGAGUGCUAAGAGGCAAGAGACACUUGACCUAGCCUUCACUUUUUCUUAACUUAUAAACCAAGAAUCUACCAGGAGAGCAGCAAUAGGUUAAAAACCGUGUUUCCAGCCUUGUUCCUCUUUGGACUCAAUUUGUCAAGGGUUUAUUUUUGAUUCUUUUCUUUUCUUUUUCUUUUUCUUUUUCUUUCUUUUCUUUUCUUUUUUUUUCUUUUUCUUUUUUGGUUUUUCGACUUAUUCCUGAUUCUUGAGGAGUGAUUUAGCUACAGAACUCCUGGGCUCUGCUCUGUUCAUGUGAGGGUAGUCAGUUUCUUUAGAAUUCGUGGAGAGUUUGUUUGGUAUCUUAAGUAACUAGAAUUAGGUUUUACUUCUAGGCUCCUCUCACUUUUUCUCUGUCCAACUUCUUAUUUGUGUUUAUUCUAGAAAUAUCUCAUUAUUAUUAAAAGGCCCUGUCUUUUCCUUGUCAGUGUCUCUAUGAAGACUCCCAAGGCACUCCAAAUUAAAGCCUUAAGUCAGUUUGAGCAGUGUGUCUAGUCUCUGGGCUCUUGGGGGAACAUUAAGCUCUGCUGUGACCCUAGGCAACUUUUCCUAGAAGAUUCCAGCAGGGGCGCCUGGUGCGAAAAAUGUCAUCUCCGCUGACCUGGGACCCAGAGUCUUGGGUUGAGACCCUUAUUGAUUGAACCACCUCUUAGCGCCAUGCCAGUGGCUCAGUCCACUGCCCUACCUUGGCCAUUCAUUAUGUAGAGUGCUUUCACGUUGAGUUCCAAGUCUCUUGGUCCUUCCUCCCCACACACCAAACAGAACAUGUACCUCUCCAGGGCAGCGUGGGUAAACCUAGCUCCAGGUUUUGCAGUAGCUUUCACCCACUCCUCACACCCAGAAAGAAAACCUACAGCUUAUGACUCCACAAUUGCUCCGUGAGCCUAGGCUUCAAAUCCCUGGGGGCCUCCCAGAUUCAAGCUCAUUCACAUUCAAUCUCAUCCUCCCACAGUCUCUUUCUCUCUCCCCAGACUCCUAACAAGACAAGACGAUCCUCCCCAGAGGCGCUCUCUUUCAUUCAUCCCCUCCCAACUCACACACACACACACACACACACACACACACACACACACACACACACACACUCGCGUGAGCACACACUCUCACACACCGACCCAGACAGCCCACCGCACUUUCCAGACACCCACCUCCUGCAUACUCCCCUCCCCUAAAAGACAUUCACCCACUCACCAGCUGUAGCCUCUUCCAUCCCCCGCCCUCCGCCCGGCUCCCCCUCCUCAAGAAGCCGACCCUCGCGCUAGGAGGUAGGGACCCCUGGCAGACGCACUGCACGGGCGCGCCGCGCUGACCUCCGCCCGCCCUGCACGCAGAUUAACAAAGGCGACAGCGAGCCCCAGUCCGAAAGCAGAAAGCCGGCCGCGGGGUCCGGAGCCUGCGCCCGGUCAGUCGGGGAGAGAGCCGCGCGGGCUGCUCUGAAGUCGCAGGAUACAGCCGGAGCUGCCAGAUCUCUCUCAAGCGGCGCUGCUGGGACGCUGGCCGCACCAUGGGCUGCUGCACCGGGCGCUGCUCGCUGGUCUGUCUCUGCGCACUGCAGCUGCUUUCAGCAUUGGAGAGGCAGAUCUUUGACUUCCUUGGCUUCCAGUGGGCACCCAUUCUUGGAAAUUUCCUGCAUAUAAUAGUUGUCAUAUUGGGUCUGUUUGGAACCAUUCAGUAUAGACCACGUUACAUCAUGGUGUAUACAGUGUGGACUGCUCUCUGGGUCACUUGGAAUGUGUUCAUCAUCUGCUUUUAUUUGGAAGUAGGAGGCCUCUCUAAGGACACAGAUCUGAUGACCUUCAACAUCUCUGUACACCGGUCAUGGUGGAGGGAGCAUGGACCUGGCUGUGUCCGGAGAGUGCUACCACCAUCAGCCCAUGGCAUGAUGGAUGACUACACAUACGUCUCAGUCACAGGCUGUGUUGUCGAUUUCCAGUACCUAGAGGUCAUCCACAGCGCUGUACAAAUACUGCUAUCGCUGGUUGGUUUUGUGUAUGCCUGUUAUGUGAUCAGCAUUUCCAUGGAAGAAGAAGACACCUUUGAUUUCAUAGGUGGACUAGACGCGCACUCCCACUACCAGGAUCAUGUUGCAUUAAAGCCUGUUAAACCUGUAAGUAGAGGUCGAAAUAAGUAAUGACAUUGACUCUGAAAUGCGGCUCCUGGACUUGAGUUAGGGAACAAAGCACCAUUGGCCUCUAGCUCUGGGGAUCCUACAGCGUCACCUUCCUCCUAGACAGCAGGACUGCGCCCCCUGCCGACCAGACCAGCGAACACGGAGCUGCGAGGUCUUUGGUCUCAGCCUGUGUAACAUUAGCGUUGUUUGCUAGAUGCGUUCUGGGUGCUUGGGUGGGUUUGUUUUUUUUGUUUUGUUUUGUUUUGUUUUGUUUUUAAAGUCAUCUUCUUAUAUAAGCACUUGUAAAUUGUAAAAAAAAUGGUUUUAAAUUGUUUUUAAUUUAACUUGAGGCAUGCAAAAUGAAAAAAAAAAAUCUAUGAAAAUCUUCUCCAAGUCAUUUCUAAGAGGAUUGUCUGUGUUAUUGAGCUGUGACAUCCAGGUUACUGGACCCUGAACCCUGCUAAGCUAAUGGUUUUGUAUACACAGACAUUGCCUUUGGGCAUCAGACACAAGGGUAGACCUGUGGCAGACUGCACAAAGACUGGAUCUAACUUUCCAACCUAGCAAAGAUCACUGUUUAAACAGCACCAGACACAGACAAAACAUGAAGCCCUUUGUUCUGAAUCUCUAAAGAGUGCACAAUCUCUAAAUAGUCCGAUAUAAAUGUGCAGAUCCGUGUAUCUCUUGUCCUUGCAAUGUUCCAAGACACACAUGUAUGUGCGUGUUUAUAUUAUGACUGAGUACAAACCCAGAAUGAUGUGUGGAACCCUUCCUAGGCAGGGAGUUGGCUGGCUGUGAGCUUCGUAUUUUCUGCUCUUAGUUUCACUCUCACCACUGAUGUCAGACCUAUACAUACAGCUCAAGGGCUGUGGGACAGAAAUCACAGCCAUAAAUCUGUAGUCAGGAACGUUUUGAAUAUUCAAAGGGGGCAUUCAAAUGCUAUAGAAUUCUCUAUAGAGAUCUGUAACAAAAAUAUUUAUGCCUGAGUUACAUCAGUUUUUCUUUCUUUUUCCCCAUUCAUCCCAAUAAUCAAGAAAAUUAAGUGGAAAAUCUAAUUUUCUAAGGGGGAGAAUAGGUCCAUCUUGGAAAAAGUAUUGCAAUUCUGGGGCCUUUUAGAUUCAAAUGAAAUAUAGAUAUGGUGAAAUGCAUAGGUUUUUAAGGGUACAAUGAGAAGUGCACAAACUUAAUGAGCAGUGCUUCAACCAAAAUACAGAACAUGUCUGACCCUUUAGGAACCUUCCUUGGUCCCCUUUUCCAUUGGUCUCCAUGAUGCCAUUGAUCCCCAACAAAUACCACAUUAGAAAUUGCAGUGUGCUUGACUUAGUCUGCUGAUGUAAACUGGUUUUGACCAAAUACCUGGCCAUUGUAAAGUGGCCAAGUAGAUGGAUAAAAUCCAUGUUGAUUCUCACUGCUAAGGUUUAACUGCAUCGCUGAUGAACUGUCUGCUCACCGUAUAAGGCAGGUAUUUGUCUCACCACAUUGUUUUCCUGUCUCUGCCUUAGUUCUCAUGUGAAAAGCCAUUCUGGUCCUUUUGUACACACACAAAAAUUGAGUCUUCCCUUCAUCACAGUUCUGUCUGUCCACUGUUUGCUCCAGAGUCAGUCCAGUGCAGCUCACAUAUCUCUAAGGCAUCCAUAAACCACUGAAAUUGGUACAAAGUUUUGUAUGCUUGUGGAAGUCUCUCUGUUCCCUCUUCUCCCUCUUAUAUGCAUAGAUUUCAUGAGUCUGCUAUCAGAAUUUAAUGCAAUCCCCUCUGCCCUAAUGCCUCGAAGUUCAUGUACUAGGCUGUAUCCUGUCCUUUAGCUGGUACUCCCACUGAGUUCUCUCCUACAGAAUAAACCUAGAUUCUAAAUGACAGGGAGCUCUUGGAACCUGAAAGGUGGUGCCAUCAAACUCCCAUUUGAGGAGACCAGGGUUGUGGCAGGGUGUAGAAGAAUAACACAAAGGCCAUGUCUUGGCACCAAGUCUUUGCACUCAUGACCAACCUGGCUCCAGGCACAGCCUUCUUUUGAAUGAAUGACUUACUCUUCCUUGGAGCAACCAGCUAAAUUAUGUGGAAAUGCAAGAGCUAGGAUGGCAUCAGCUUAUUUAUGGGAACUUCCAAUCAUGUGCCAGCAAAAGUUAGGCAGAAAGAUAAAAGGAUUAGAGAACUCUCGGACAUGAAGUGGCUUGAGCAUGGAGCAGUCCAUAUCAGAGAAAAACUAUAUGAGUAUGUUCUCCAAUGAUCUUAGCCUCCUUUUUACCACCAUAGAAAGGGUGAGGGUGUGACCCUGAAACAAGAACAUGUCUUCAUACAACUCUAAACCUUGAAUGUGGUUGGUUCACCUUUUUUUAGAAGAUAACAUGGCAUCUUGUUCUAGCAAUAUAUUGAUGCAUUUUCUUAUCCCUUUGGUAAAACAAACCUCGCUGUUCCCAUAAGCCCAAAUAACAGAGGCAGCUAUCUUUUAGUAGCUCAACCUGACAGGAUAUAGCAAAAUGACUGGCUACCUGUUUCAUCCAAUGAACAGCCCUUUUCUGAUAAGCGAAAUUUGUCUACGUUAAAAUCAACUGAAAUGUGUGUUGUGAAGGCGAGAAAAAACAUCAUGACCGCUAAAUGGAGGAGCAAGUAAAAACCAAAAUUGCACUUUUUGUCUCUGAAAAUUAGAAUCUUGCCAAGAUAAAACAGACUUUCAUUUUUUUUUUUUACUUAAUCUUAAAUUUUAUGUUCCCAAAAUAGUCUCACUAUGGAAAACAGAGAUUCUGAGUGUGUGGUUUUUAAAGUAAAUACUUAUCACUUAUGAGUCACUUUAAUAAGGAAUUCAGAAAAAAAAACUUUAUAGGUUGAUUAGAAUUCAGGUGUUCUGAUUUGACAUUUUAGCCCAAACAAUAUACACUUUCUUUCAAGAGUUGGAUGAAUAAAGUAGGAAAAAAUACAAAUAACUGAUGUGUUAUGGACUGGCCAUGGGCAGCUCAGAUGAAACCAAGUCCAAGACAGAUAUUUCUACACUAAUGAGCUAACUCCAGGGUGGCUUAAUGUGUUCCUGAACUAGCCCCAAGCUGUGAGCAAAGCUACUGACCAAUGAAAUGUUUACAAACUUGGAUUUUUGGAAAAGGCCCUUAGACCUGGCUUCUCUACUCUCUCCGUGGAUACCCAUCAGCAAGAAGAAAUAAAAACUGGCUUCUGGUGUGGUCCUCGCUUCAGUGACUGUUGAUCUUCUGACACCAUUGUUGAGCUCACACAUGCCCACUUGUCUUUUAAAGACUCGGAAACCUUAAAUUUCCAAACUUACAAAACAUAUUUUCAAUAAGCAAGUGGUCUAUAACAUUUUGAAGUCAAGGAGUCUUUUAAGUGUCCAGAAGUCAACUUUAAAUAUUUGUUAUAAAUAAGGCUACAAAAUAAGAAUAUUUUAUCCAAGAGCAAAACCAAUGGAAAGCAUUACUCCUUGUGUGAUUAAGUAAUGUGCCACUCAGAAAGGAAGUUGGUACAUUUUAAACAUCAGACAAAUGUAUUUAUUAAGAAAAUGAAAUCUGAAAAGUGGAAGACUAGAAAAAUUCACAUUUUGUUUUGUGAGUGGUAUCUCUUUUGCUCCUGAAGAGAGUUUAGAGAAAAGGCUAUUUCUUCAUGGUGGAUAAACCUUCUUAAAUCCUGGGAUCUUUCAGGGAGUCAGCACCCACAGAGAAUUAACCAUUGCCUUUGAACUUGCAUUCAUAUAAAGGGCAUGGAUCCUAUUAAAUGGUAAACGCUUUAAAAAAUGAAAUAUUCAAAGGAUCCAAAUAUGUGUGGGCUUGAACUUGAAAGAUAAGUUAAAAGAAUAAAGGAAUGGAUGAAAGAGAGCAGCAAAGAAGGAGCAGAGUGAGAAGUAGGUUGAAAGAAUGGAAACGGAAAGUUACGCCAUCUUUAUUUGGAUAAUGCCAGUUUUGCUUCUUUGGUCAAAUGGCUGUCUUUGUUUCACUGAGUAAAAACACUGAAGUACAUUUCCCUUCCUCUAUAGAGCUGGUAAGAAGUAGUGUGAUGAAAUAGAUAAUCUAGGUAGUUUUCCUCAUAGUAUCUGCCUUUAUAAAUAACCAGUCAGUCUACUUUAGAAUUAAGUUGAACCACAAAUGACCAUUACUGUCACCAACACUAACAACGAAAUGACAACAGCUUAACUGAGAGAACUAUUCCUCUUCAUAUUCUAAAGUUCUGAACAGCAUCCGCAGGGAACAGCAUGGGAGCUUCCUCGAGAGCUUGAGGUCUUGCUGCUUCAUCUUGUGAGGUUAUGGUCCUCAGAUCAUAACAACAUUCACAAUGACUGCUGAAGCAUAUGUCUCCUUGUUUAAUUCCAGCCAGGGGAACUAAAGGGAAUAAAGGCAAAAAGAAUGACAUUUCUUUUGUUUGAGGACACAUCUCAGAACCUGGCUUUUUUUUUUAAAGAUUUAUUUAUUUUAUAUGUAGGCACACUGUAGCUGACUUCAGACACCCCAGAAGAGGGCAUCAGAUCUCAUUAAAGAUGGUUGUGAGCCACCAUGUGGUUGCUGGGUUUGGAAUUCAGGACCUCUGGAAGAGCAGUCAGUGCUCUUAACCACUGGGCCAUCUCUCCAGCCCCAAGUAUGUCUACUUAUAUCAUUUGCCAAAGUUUGGUCUACCCCAAACUUUAUAGCAAAAAAUGCUGGACACUAGAGCCUAUAUUCUAGAUGAAAUUGUACCCAUCUAAAACUAAGAAUAGUAAAUACAUAGAGAAGAAUAUUGAGCAGCCUUUUGCAUAUACUUCAAGAACACCAUGUUGUUGAAAUGGAGGUCUCGAGUUUUUAAUUGUCAUUGAUUAUACAAAAAAAGAGACAUAUACUUUCUAACGUUGUAAAAGUACCAUCAUCAGCUCCAUGAAAUAAAACUGUCUGCAUCUUGCUUUCUUAUCUGGUCUUUAUGGUCAGAAAGAAAACUUAAUAUAUGAUGCUAGAUUGUCCAGUGUUUCAUUAAUUCUGUAGAAUGUAUUUUGGCUUUUCUGCUGUUGCAAUGACUCUAAUUAAAAGAGCCAGUCCAAUACAGGUCUCAGUCCACACAUAACAGCACCAAUAGGCUAAUUCUUUCAUCUGAAACAGUUGAACUCUGUUCCACAGGAUCUUCUUAAUUGAUCAAUAAGGUCUUUAUUUUAUUGCUAUUUAAUUGAACAAGUACCUAGAGUAUACAGUGCUUAGUAAAGUGGAUCAGGACAGGUAGUGUGUGUUUACAUUGUGUGAUCUUUUGUACAUCUGUCUCUUGUUCCUGAUUCAUGUGGAUUUACUUCGAGUUUCUCUCCAUUUAAACUUUUGUAUUCUGCUAUUUCCUCUGUGUUAAAGUUGAGCUCAGCUACUCAUGGUGGCACAGACCUAUAACCUCUACUACAUGGGAGGUUGGGGCUGAAUAAACACAAAUUCAAGAGCAGCCUAGGUGGCUUAGUGAGAGUCUGUCACGAAGAUUAAAAACGGAAGAGAAAGAAAAGAAGGAAGGAGAGGAAAAGGGAGAAAGAGGAGGAGAAGAAGAAAGGGGUUGUUGUUGCUGUGAAGUUUAACGUUUAAAAGCGGGUCUGGAAAUGGACUUCAGUGGUGGAGCACAUGGCUGUCACUGAAGCCAAGAUCCUAGAUUUGAUUGCCAGCACUAUGACAACUAAAUGAAAAAAAAAAGUACAUUUUUUUUUUUUAAGUUGGUCAAUCUCUUUUCACUUUUUUUCUUGGAAAAAAAUACAUUAUUUUUGAGAAACUUAAAAUUAUAAAAAAUUUUAUCAUUAGACUUUACUGUGCCCUCUUCCUGAACCGUGUGCCCCAGAUACUGCUUAUUCAACAACACUCUAGGGAAUGAUCUGGGAAACUGAAGAGUGCUGCUCAUAGACUCUCUGAGCAUACAUUGCCUCCAAAUCUAGGUAGUGCCUGAUAAUUUCAAAAUGAUUAGGUGAGUUGGACUCUAAUACAGGAGCCUGAGGUGGAAGGAUUGCUUGAGGCCAGAAGUAUAAAGCCACCUUGAGCAGAAUAGCAAGAUGUCAUUUUUAAAAAUUUAUAUAAGCAAGGGGCAAAAGAGAUGCUUCAAUGUUAAGUCAAUCUCAGGAUGAUUAAGUGUGUAGUGCUUGCCUGCAGCCCUGGCAAAGGACCCAAGAUAAGUUGUCCACAUUCAGUAACUCACAACUGCCUGUAAUUGUAGUUCCAGAGGAUCUUACUUCCCCCUUUGGCCUCUGAAGGUGUCUGAAUUCAUGAGCACACACCGCCAAGUAUAUGCUCUUUCUCUGCAAGCUAAACUCAUAGCAGUGGAAAGACCUGUGAUAUCUCCCUGUGCUCAUUUGAAGAGGAGGACGUUGAGGCUAGUCACAGCAGUAAAUUCUUCUGGUGUCCUAUUAUAUGGGAAUCAGCCUUCUUCCCCUGCAUUCAUUCCACCGCUGUCUUUUUUAGAGUCCCUACCGAUCAGGCUUUUAUUGGCCGGCUCUUUUGUGAUGACAUUUGAUGCAGAUCUGGAUGAUCAGGUUGUAGGCCCCCUGCAGGAAGACACAUGCUGCUGGCCUCCUACCCAUAACCUGCUUCUCCUUUCUCCUUAGCAGAAUCACUAGCCAGAGGACAUUAGUAUUCUCUUCGGUUUUGUUGUUGUUGUUGUUUGUUUUGUUUUGUUUUGUUUUGUUUUGCUUGUUUUCUUGACGUCAUUUUGUCUUCUGAGGGGAUAGUUAGAAAUCCCUGACCACAGGUCACUCUUUCUGUCUGUUUUAUUUUAUGUCUUUAAGACUUGUUUAUUUUAUGUAUAUGGCUACUUUGCCUUCAUGCACACACACACACACACACACACACACACACACACACACACACACACACACCGGAAGAAGGCAUCAGAUCCCAGGACAGAUGGUUGUGCUUGAUCAGCUUGGUCUCUCUGUGUCUGCUUUCUUCACUUGCAGCUUAAACACAAUUUUGUAUGCUCUGAACAACCUGCAUACUACAUUUACCAGCUAGAUCACAGAGAGCUUACUUUCAAUGACAGGUCCUAGGGAAGUGAAUAUGCUGAUAACUUGCUUAAAGCCACUUUCAGACUGCUUCUUACAGUUUCGUCUUCCAUGAGCCCCCUUGCUCAAAGGCAAUCAUUCUAUUUUCUUUCUGGCAUCUUAAAUUCUAACCACAAAUCAUAUUCACUGCCUGUACUUUUACAAAAUAGUUUAUGAAGAGCACCUGCAGCCUCAUAUUAAAAUCAGAUCCCAGUAAUCAAAGUUAUUGUAGUGAAUUCAGGUCUUGAUAGAAGAAAUAGGUACUAAGGAUGUAGGUCAUUGAUAGAGUGCUUGCCUAGCAUAUGUGAGGCCCAGAGUUCAAUCCUCAGUUCUGUUAGUAAGUAAAUAAAUAAGCAGAAAACAGAAACAGGUAAUGCUCUGAAUAUUAACCGGCUUUCCAGUUCCUUCAUCAAUACCUGCAUUGUAUCAUACAGACUUUCCUUCUUAUUGCCAAGUGGGGGGUUAUUAUUAUAAACACUUUAUAAUAAUAGAUCAAUUUAUUCAUCCAAUAUGCAUAGUUAUUUAUUUGGGUUCUCUAUAGCUUUUCAUCUUUGCCUUGCUUUUAAGAUUCCACCACCACAACCGGGGCUUGGUGAUUUAUGCAAUUUAUAAUGUAUGAAGUAGUAAGUUAAAUAUCUGUUUGUUUGAGGCAGGGUCUCAAUAUAUAUGGCAUGAAACUCACAGACACCCACCCACCUGCCUCUGCUUCCUAAGUGCUAGGAUUAAAGGCUGGUGCCACAAUGUGCAGCCUGCAUGCUAAGUCUCUUUAACACUAGAACUCCUGUGUUCUUACUCUUGUGGCUUCUUUAACUUGUUUUUGGAGGACAAGUAAGACUCGUCAGUUCCUUUCAUUGUUUUUAAACCACAUGCUUUAUAUAAUGGGUUUAAAAUAUCAGUUGGUGACUGUUAGACUUUUUAAUAACACAAGGGAAGGUAUUGAUGACAGACGUCAAACUACCUGAAAUAUGCCCAGAGAUCAAAGUCCCUCCGCUGGCUCUAAAAUGCCCCCCUGUGGUCUUAGGUCUGCAGGGUCUGCUUUGACUCAAUCCUUCUCAAAGUAGGAGGGCAGUGAUAUCAGCAGGUUCUGGGCUUGUUUCCUUAUUUCUCCUUUGUUUCAGGACCACUGCCAUCUCCCUGCCUUGAUUUCCUCCACAGAAACCCCAUAUUUUCAUACCCAUAACUAAGGAGCUGCAUAAUUAAACACAACCUUUAAGAAAAUGGAAUUUUCAUUAAAGUUCUGCUGGGGAUAUGAACUGCAACAUGACAGAUGCUGCUAGAAGCCCAGAGUAUUAUUAGCAUCAAUAAUAAUUGCUAUAAAAGCAUGCCUCGUUCUCUGUUAAAGAUGUAGAUGUUACAUUUUUUUUCCCCAUUUCACAUAGCUAAAGGGAAACGUGGGUGUGAACACUUCAAAACACUUUCACGUCCUCAAGGGAAAACCCUGAAGUGGAGCGAGUUAGAAUUAAUAUCCAUAUCAGUUCCUAGAGCAAAAUGCCUGACACAGAAUAACGAAGCAAUUUCUCAUCCUCGCCUAGUAACUUGUAGGUGAGAGUUCCCAGAGAGAUCCCUUGGGCUGGAAACAAUGACAAAUUUCUGACUUUGUAUGUUUUUGGUUUUCUUGGUUUUUUGGCUUUUGGUUUUUUGGGUUUUUUUGUUUUGUUUUGUUUUUUGUUUUUUGGGUUUUUUUUUUUGUUUUCUGAGACUUCUUACAUAUGACAAGAGCCCUGCUGCCUAGCAACCUCCUGCACACACAGCAGAACCAAGGAGCCAAAGACAGACAAAAUGGUUUCUGCCAUUCUUGGGUAGGUUUUUUUAUAUUCCACAUUUUGAAAUCCCUAAGUUCUCCACAGAGGGAAGCUCUCCAGCCUAGUAUUUAUUAGUCUUAAUUAAAACACAGCUUGGAUUUUGUUAAUAAAGUAGUUUCCAAGCACCCAACAGAUUAAGGAGCAGGAAACUAUGCAGAGAAUAUGCAGAAAUGCUGACAAGCGUUUAAACACGCGACCUCUGAAAGAGCACACGGAGGAAACCAAUAUAAGAAGCUGAAUCCCUGGCAUAUGGACACAUGUGAUGUGAAAACCCCUGUAACAGUCUACAGGAAGUAGUGCAUACCUUUACUAAACUGUCUUACUCCUACUAACAUAAAGCCAGAUGUUAGCUAAAAUCAUGUCUGUGUGAAUAGAGGAGGUACUCUAGUUCUCUUUGACCUGUCUUACAAUUAUAACCAUUAUUGCUUUUCUGUCACGUGCAUCUGACAUGUGGCAGUUCAGAGCCCCACAUCUGAAUAAGAUACACUACUUCUGGCUGCUGGUAAUUUCUUUUUUUCUGAUGAUCACACAGAUUUCCAUUGUCUGUGCUUCUUAAAUAUGGCAUUGCUUUCUGUAGCAUGAUAUUUCCAGAGUGUCCGGUGGCCUGUGAUCCUUAGCAUCUCUAACACUAAAGACACUUGAUAAAGAACACUGUGUAAUUAUACUCCAGUUAUCUCCCCAUGCAUGCCCCACAUAGGAGCCUCAGCAUGGUGAGAAACUAUCCAGGCGAGAGGAGGAUUUGAUUUUCAAAGGAUUUAAGUCCCUAAUACGCGUUUCUGAGAAUUAUCCCCUGUGAUAAAUUUCCCUUUACCUUGUAGUUACCAAAUUGUCUCUUUUAGUAGAACAGCAUUUCACAGAACAGGUAAGGGUUCCUCCAAAGCAUGCCACAUUGGUCUGCCACGCUCUCUUCCGAUUCAAGAGUUCGGGCUUACAUUUGCCCGUUUUGUUUCCUGUACUGUUUUUAGUCUAUCAGUAAUUGACAGCUGCUCACUCAGGCAAGUUUAUCAUUUCUGAGUCAGUCAGAUUUGCCCUUUCAUGUAGAAAGAUGACCAUCUAGGAUCGGCUACUGCUAGGGAGCUUUUAUUGCAAGUCACUGCCAUACUUGGCAGGUUUUUUUCUUUUAAUCCACCAGCAUACACCGAGGGACACAAGGUUCUAUGAACUCUUUUAACUGACACCAUGUGGUGGCAAGCAGUGGUAACGGCCUUUCUUUCAAAGCAUGCCUGCAGAGAAUCUCAUGGGUGAGAGGCACUGUCCAAUUAUUAGAGAAAUAAAGCAAAAUAAAAGAAUCUUCCACGGGGAGCAUACAUGUUAUCCCUGGGGAGAUAUAUUAAUCUGCAAAGCCUCAAGAAAAUACCAUUCUAGAACAUCUGGACCCUGGAAGAAGGUGUGGACAAUGUCCUUCCCCACAGAUUCUGAUCUUUGGUGAGUAAGGAAAAUGGUCAGCCCAAAUGCGACCUUCCUUUGCUGCCUUGGGAUGCUUUAAACAAACACUUGGCAAGAAUCUGGUUUUGAAAGCACCCCUCCCCAUCCCAGGGGGUAGAGGGGCAAUGAAAACUAAUCAAAUGUCCCAUUUUUCUUUGAGAAGUUGAUUAUAGAAAUCUUCAUAGCUUUGGGCAAACGUCUUCCUUUGCAGAGCUCAGUCUCUGUGACACCACUCUUCAUUCAUUCUGUGAUGCUCAAGACACUGAGAUCUAAGCAACAUGUCUCUCUGAGCAUGUGUGUGCCAUACUUGAAAAUGGUGCCCUAUCACUUAGGACUGGAUUGACAGAUCUAAGAACCAGUUACCGGAUCACAUAGCCAGUGCCAGCCUGUCGCACCCCUCUCAUUAAGGUAGGCCAUUCUGCAGCCCCUGCCAGUCUAAAUAAUUAUGCUUGCUUCAGCCACACGCAGAUAAACUCUAGUUAACUCUGUGAUGAUCUGAGAGUACCACCGUGGGUCCUGGAGUGACUGGGUGUGGAAGAGACCCUGCAGAGUCAUAACUGUCUGGAAAGAAAUAGCAGUGCUCAGAGAGGGGGUCUCCAGGAAACACUGCUAUACGUGGAGGUCCACGCAUAGCUGCUCCUUUGCUGCUAUUUCUGACAAACUGGGUACUAUUAGUACUAUUGUAGAAUGAAGAUAGCAAUAGUGAAAUGCUAAGAAUGACCCUAAGUCUUCUACUGUUCCCAAGACUAACAGUGAGUUUGCUCUUUUCUUUGUAACACCAACUCUGCCAUCUUAUGGAGAGGAGUGGAAACAGCAGAGCAUUUUGCUCCGUGCCUGCUGUUAAAAUGACAGGUUGUAGCAACUUCUACCCAAUUCUAGUUGCUUUUAAACCACCAACAAUUUACCAGCAAAAGUAUUUGUUUAAGAAAAUCUGUAUCUAAUAAUUCUCAGAUUGCUUGCUAACCAAGAUGUCUCUCAAACUUGGCACUAGAAUUCUAUGUAUAAACCUCAAGUGAUAUUUUGUAUUAAUACGAGUUUCUACUAUCACAUAACACUGUGACGUAAUUUCUUUGUAUAUUAGUGUCUUUUUCUAUCAUUUCUUGAGCUACCAGGUGAAGUAAAUGAAAAUACCUGAACUCUGUCAAGAACUGCCCGGUAUAAUAUUGGUAGCCUGUAGGAAAAUGAGUCUUGUUUUUCUUACACAUACAGGUAACAGGACUUGUUUUCACAAUUUUGCUUUUUACAUUUUGUGCUUCUACCUGUAUAUUAUAUUCUACAGUCAUUAGAAUAUGUCAUUUAAUUCAUAUGUCUUUCUCUAAACACUGAUUCUGAAUAAGUUUACAAGUUAUAUGUAAUUAACUAUUAUUUUCAACCAUGAAUAAAAGUGUACAUUGAAAUAGAAGGUGAAUGCUAUUUUCAAUGCUUCUCCUCAUAAUAAAUGCUCAGCAUCCUGAA